AUGUAUAGGGCAUGCAAUGUCAUGUGCCCAUGCAUGUUUGUUUAGUGAGCCAUUGUUCAGUUGAUAAUCAGCACUUACGUGAUUGGAAGAUCUUCUGUGCUUAUAACCAAACUAAAGCAGAGCUAAAAGUUGACUAAGCCACAACACAGAGAGCAAAGUCAAUGGUUCCGGAAUUUCCUCUCCUGCUGGUGACCAUCUUGUUGUGUCCUCUCUCCCCUGAGGCACAGGAGUACUACGUCACUCCCACCCCACCACCCAAUCCUGACUGUCCUUUGGACCAGCCUUGUCACACUCUGAGCUACUAUGCCAGCAAUGCAUCAUCUCUUUUCAACAAUAAAGAUAACGUAUCUCUGCUAUUUUUAGACGGUGUUCAUAGCUUAAAUACAUCUCUGGUAAUUUCUCGAGUGCAGUCUCUGACUAUAGCAGGUGUGAACGAAUCACUCGAUGAUGGAAAUCCUUGUGCCUCAAUCCAAUUCGACAAUUUGCAAGUGAUCGAUGUUUCAGUACUGACAGUCGAAAAUAUUAACUUACAGCGAUCGAAUCUGACCACAAGCAACGUUAAACGGUUUAUAAGUCAAACUGCAGUUUAUGAGGAGUCAAAAAUUUCUAUAAUAGCAGCUACGGAAAUCAGCAUCAAUAAUACUAUGUUUCUGACGGAAACUUACUUUAACGCCUUUAACCAUUCCACGACUAUGCAGAUAGCCAACACUGUUAGCCUUGGUACAUUGUUAGGUUUCACACUAUUUACUAAUAACACGAAAAUCAGCAUAGCAAACUGUACAUUUGGUGACGAGAACACUUUGGUAUUUCUGAUCAAUCGCGAUUCCAACAUAACAAUUCUCGAUUCAAGAUUCUUCAACAACACAGUUGGUUUCGCACUACUCUAUCAAAAUAAUGAACAAAAUUUGGAUUUGAAAAUUGAAAACUCUCAAUUUAUCGGAAAUCAAGUAGCUUUUUUUAAUGCACCAAACACCUUUAGAAGCUCUCUGGUACGUUUUAACAUUCUACUUCGGAACGUAUCAGUCAUCAGUAACAAUAAAAAUAACUUUGCAAACGAAGCAGCUGCCAAUGGAAUUGUAACUAUAACAGGUCCAGCAAUGCUUAAUAUAGACAGUUGCUUAUUUGACAACAACACUGGCGUGACAGUAUUACAGUUAUUAGAUGUUGAUUUGUAUUUUCUUGGAAACACGACAUUUUCGAAUAAUACUGGAAUCAGUGGAGGAGCCAUGGUUCUGAGCAACACAACAAUGUGGUUGAAUAAUGGUACACACAUCAGCUUUAUCAACAAUACAGCGAGUGAAGUGGGUGGGGCCAUAUUGAUUACACCAGAACUUCUGUUAGCUUUAUUCGCCUCUCAACUGGGCAUAGCCUACCCUCCAUGCUUUUACCAACUAACAUUCGACCUAGCAGAACCGCUAGACAACAAGACAAUUCCAGUGUCAGUAACCUUUUCAAGCAACAAAGCUCAAAUAGGAGGAGAUGAUAUCUAUGGUGCUGCUUUACAAAACAACUGCAAAAUGACACCUAAUAGACAAAUUAGUAGCUACAUGGUGCAAGAUAAAAUAUUCCAAUUUGAUACUCGUACAUUGUCUUCGAUUUCCAGCAGCCCCAAAAGAGUAUGUAUUUGUGAAAAUGAAGUGCCAGUGUGUGUUACUGACAGCAAUCUGUUAGAUACUGCCAAUAACUAUCUCAAUGUAUCAGUCACUCCUGGAGAGAAGUUCAAUUUGAGUGUUGUACUUGUUGGAAAUGAUUUUGGCUUAGUCACAGGAGGUGUGUAUGCCUUGGAUAGAACCGGAGAAGACGAACGGUUUUUGAUUUCUCCUGCACAGAACUUACAGCAGAUUACUGGUCUAACCUGUACAGAUAUUGAAUAUUCAGUACAUCCAGUUAGUGACUACACAGGGACUAAUGAAAGGCUACUACUUUCUACGGACAGUAUUUCAGCAUCCACCCAACGUGUUAUAUCUCGAAGGAAAUUUUUUUUGGCUCUUUAUACGAGAUCUGUACAACGAUACUUAAGCGAAGCUGAAAUUACUAACUUUAUUCUAACUGCUCCAGUGUUUAUCGGGAUAGCCAUUCUUCCCUGCCCUUUGGGUCUGAGUUUAACUAACGAUACGUACAAGACAUGCCAAUGCCAGCCAGAAAUAUCAGAAUUCGUUGAAAGCUGUGCAGUUAUUAACAACAUUGGUAUAUUGUAUCGAAACGGAACCAGUUGGAUUGGAACAUCCCCAUUUAACAACUCUACCAUUAUAGCUCACAAGAACUGCCCUAUUGGUUACUGCAAGCCAGAGACACUCGGAGUCAAUCUGGACAAUCCUGACAUCCAGUGUGCUCUCAAUCACAGUGGUGUUCUCUGUGGAGGCUGUCCACCUGGUCUCAGUCGGGCUAUCGGCAGCUCUAGGUGUAUAGAUUGUCCCGAAAACAAUGGUGUUGCCUUGUUAGUAGUGUUCAUUGUGGCAGGUGUGGCUCUUGUAUUGUUCAUCAAACUACUAGACAUCACUGUGGCUCAUGGAACUAUAAAUGGACUGAUUCUCUACGCCAACAUCAUCUGGAUUAAUCAGGGAACAUUUUUUCCUGUUCUUAGUGAACAAGCAGAUCAACAUUUUUCAAACUUGUACUAUUUCUUGAGAGUAUUUGUUGCAUGGCUAAACCUUGAUUUUGGCAUUGAGACAUGUUUCAUCAAAGGAUUGGAUGCUUAUGGUAAAACUUGGCUGCAGUUUGUUUUCCCCACUUACCUGUGGUUAAUAGCACUGCUCAUUGUUUUGCUAUGUCGAUACUCGACCAGAGCAACUAAGAUUUUUGGUUAUAAUGCAGUGGCUGUGCUGACUACAUUGUUAAUACUAUCAUACACAAAACUCCAACGGACUAUUGUCCUCAGUUUAGGAGCAUCAGAGCUAAGCCAAUUCAAUCCUAACACCAUACAAGUAACUUGGAGGUUAGAUAGCAAUAUCGAAUACUUCGGAGAUCCUCAUGCAUUUCUUUUCGUUAUGGCAAUAGCUGUAUCAUUCUUCUUGUAUCUACCAUUCAUCCUAAUCCUUCUCUUUGCUGGUCAUCUUCACAGGCUACCUUGUGCCUCUAUUGCUAGUCGGGCUAUAAAGUCAAGACCUCUACUGGACACGUUCACUGGACCACUGAAGGCUAAGCAUCAGUAUUGGGUGGGUUUGACAUUUCUUAUUCGAGGUGUUCUAGUGGUAACAGCGACUUACCUCGAGGUAGUUAAUCCAACCGUCAUUAUUGGCCUAGUUGUUAUUGCCUCUGCUAUUCUUUGCCCAGUUGUUGUUACAGUAUACAGAAAAAGAUAUUUGUGUUUGCUUGAGAUAGCGUUUCUUUUGAACUCGAUAAUUCUUGGUGUUGCAUUUUUGAUAACAGAUGAACUUGAAAGUCGUGUUGUGUGUACGUGCAUAUCGGUAGCAAUAAGCUUCUUGAUCUUUGUGGGUAUUGUAGUCUACCAUCUGUACUUGAUUGUAAGUAAGUGUUACAAAGCAAGAAAGGUGCAAGAACCAGAAAACACAAUCCAACAACCAUCAAAGACAGCUACAACAUACAAUGUUGAUAUGGGUGAUUUUCUUACAGAGACAUGGCUAGAGCUUCGUGAAGAUCUUCUGGGGAGCAAUACCUGAAAUUAAAGACUUACGCCCUGUUUCAAUAUGUUCUAGUGUCAAUAGCAUUAGUCGUUGACUACGAUAAUUUUUUAGCUGCGACACUGUGUUUGGAUGACCUGCAUGGAGUGUUAACAAAGCAGCCUAAGCAGAGCUACAAGUUUACCAAGCCACGACACAAGUAGCAUGUCAAUGGUUCGGGUGGUUCCACUCCUGCUAGUGACUAUCUUGUUGUGUCCUCUCUCCCCUGAGGCACAGAAGUACUACGUCACUCCCACCCCACCCCCCAAUCCUGACUGUCCUUUGGACCAGCCUUGUCACACUCUGAGCUACUAUGCCAGUAAUGCGUCGUCUCUUUUCAAUGAUAGAGAGAAUGUAUCUUUACUAUUUUUAGACGGAGUUCAUAAUAAUAUUAUGGAUAUAUCUCUGGUAAUAUCUCGAGUGCAGUCUCUGACUAUAGCAGGAGUCAAUGAAUCACUGGACGAUAAAAACCCUCGUGCCUCAAUCCAAUUCACCUUGCGAAUGACCAAUGUUUCAGUACUCACAGUCAAUAACAUCCAAUUACAAUCUGAUCUGAUAAUUUGCCAUGUUGAGUGGUUUAUAUGUCAAGACACAAUAUACGAGAACUUAACAGUUUCUAUAUUUUCGAGUACUACCAAAGGAGUUCUUAUAACAGAUUCAACUUUUCUGAGAAGUGACAUCGUCGCACAUUUUUCUGGCACUCAUUCCACGACUGUGCAGAUAGCUAACACUGUUAGUCAAGGCUCACGUUCAAUGUAUAGUGCCUUUGAUUUUACAAUUCUUACUAACACGGAAAUCAGUAUAGUAAACUCUACUUUUGGUAACAAGAACUACGGAUUGGUAUUUAACGUUGAACGUGAUACAUACAUAACAAUUACCAACACAACAUUCGUCAACAAUGAAUUUGGUUUUUAUAUUACAAAAGAAAACUAUCAGGGUAGGGAACAAACCAUGGUGGUACUGAACAUUGAGACCUCUCUAUUUAUCCAAAAUCAGGUCUCUUUCUAUUUUUUUAACUCUGACACCAUGGAAAACACUCCAGUAGGUAACUACUCUAUUCUAUUUCGAAACAUUUCAGUGAUCAAUAACUUUGCCAAUGGAGCAGCUGCCACAAGCUUUGCCAAUGGAGCAGCUGCCACGAGAAUUGUCACUAUAAGAGGUCCAGCAACACUUAAUUUAGACAGUUGCUUAUUUGACAACAACAUUGGGGCGACAGUAUUACAGUUAUCAGAUGUUGAUCUGUAUUUCCGUGGAAACACAACAUUUUCGAACAAUGCCGGAAUCAGAGGAAGAGCUAUGGUGAUGAUUAACACUAUGAUGAGGUUGAAUAUUGGUACACACAUCAGCUUCAUCAACAACACCGCUAGUGAAGUGGGCGGAGCUAUAUGGGUUACGCCAGAAGUUUCUCCAACUAUUUCCAACUCUCUAACUCGCUACCCUCCAUGCUUUUACCAACUAAUUUUCAACCUAGCAGAACCACUAAACAACCAGACUCUUCCAGUGUCAGUAACCUUUUCAGGCAACAAAGCUCGAACAAGAGGAGACGAUAUCUAUGGUGCUGCUUUACAGAGCAACUGCCAAAUGACACCUAACAGACAAAUUAGUAGCUUCAUGGUGCAAGAUAAAAUUUUUCGAUUUCAUAAUCGUUCCUUGCUUUCGAUUUCCAGCAACCCCAAAAGAAUAUGUCUCUGUCAAGAUAAAGAGCCAAUAUGUGUCACUAACUAUCUCAAUGUAUCAGUCACUCCUGGUGAAAAGUUCAAUUUGAGUGUUGCACUUGUUGGAAAUGAUUUUGGCUUAGUCACAGGAGGUGUAUACGCUUUGGAUACAAGCGGGGAGGAUGUCAGUUUUUUCUUUUCUCCAAGAGAGAAACUACAGUCAAUUACUGAUCUACGCUGUACAGAUAUUGAAUAUUCAAUACAUCCAGUUAGUGAAAACUCAACAACUGUCGAACUAUUACUCGCUACUGACAGUAUUUCAGCGUCCAUACAACGUAUUCUAUUUCAGAGACAAGACGUAUUAACUGAAUAUCGCAGUUCUAUAAAACAAUACAUGCAAAAAAAUGAGAUCACUGCACAGCUUUUAAAUGCUCCAGUAUUUAUUAGGUUGACUAUUUUCCCCUGCCCUUCAGGGAUGAAUUUAACUGAGGAAACUUACAAUACAUGUCAAUGCCAACAAGGGCUAACAGAAUUCGUUAAAAAUUGUGAGGCUAUAAACAAUACUGGUGUGCUGUAUCGAAAUGGAACUAGUUGGAUUGGAACAUCCCCGUUUAACAACACUACUAUCUUAGCAAACAAAUACUGCCCUUUUGGAUACUGUAGGUCAGAUAAACUCGGAGUCAAUCUGGACAAUCCUGACAUACAAUGUGCUCUCAAUCACAGUGGUGUUCUCUGUGGAGGCUGUCCACCUGGUCUCAGUCGGGCUAUCGGCAGCUCUAGGUGUAUAGAUUGUCCCGACAACAAUGGUGUUGCCUUGUUAGUAGUGUUCAUUGUGGCAGGUGUGGUUCUUGUAUUGUUCAUCAAACUACUAGACAUCACUGUUGCUCAUGGAACUAUAAAUGGACUGAUUCUCUACGCUAAUAUCAUCUGGAUUAAUCAGGGAAUAUUUUUUCCUCUUCUCAGUGAACAAGCAAAUCAAAACCUUUCAAACUUGUACUAUUUCUUGAGAGUGUUUGUUGCAUGGCUAAAUCUCGAUUUUGGCAUUGAGACAUGCUUCAUCAAAGGAUUGGAUGCUUAUGGUAAAACUUGGCUGCAGUUUGUUUUCCCCACUUACCUGUGGUUAAUAGCACUGCUCAUUGUUUUGCUAUGUCGAUACUCGACCAGAGCAACUAAGAUUUUUGGUUAUAAUGCAGUUGCUGUACUGUCUACAUUGUUUUUGCUAUCAUACACAAAACUACAACGGACUAUUGUCCUCAGUUUAGGAGCAUCACAGCUAAGCCAAUUAAAUCCUAACAACAUACAAGUAACUUGGAGGUUGGACAGCAAUAUCAAAUACUUUGGAUACCCUCAUGCAUUUCUUUUCCUAAUGGCACUAGCUGUACUGGUAUUUCUGUGUCUACCAUUCAUCCUAAUCCUUCUCUUUGUGGGUCAUCUUCACAGGCUACCUUGUGCCUCUAUCGCUAGCCGGGCUAUAAAGUCAAGACCCCUACUGGACACGUUUAUUGGACCACUGAAGGCUAAGCAUCAGUAUUGGGUGGGUUUAACAUUUCUUAUUCGAGGUAUUUUAGUGGUAACAGCUACAAUCUUUGAGGCAGCUAAUCCAACAGUCAAUAUUGACUUGGUUGUGCUUGUUUCUGCUCUUCUUUGCACAGUUGCUUUAAAAGUAUACAAGAAAAAAUACUUGUUUCUGCUUGAGUUUACAUUUUUGUUCAACUUGGUGAUUCUUGGUGUUGCAUUCUUGUCGACAGAUGAUCCUGAAAGUCGUGUUGUGUGUACGUGCAUAUCUGUAGCAAUAAGCUUCUUGAUCUUUGUGGGUAUUGUAGUCUACCAUCUGUACUUGAUUGUAAGUAAGUAUUACAGAGCACAAAAGGUGCAAGAACCAAUCCAACAACAAUCAAUAAAGACUGUCACAGCUACAACAUACGAUGUUGAUAUGGGUGAUUUUCUUACAAAGACAUGGCUAGAGUUUCGUGAAGAUAUUCUGGAGAGCAAUUAAAGAUAAGAAACUGACUUAAGACUUAAAUUUGUAUAGAUACUUAUAAUAGUAAUUCUAGCUGUGACACUGUGUGAGUGUGAUCUACUUGCAUGUUUGAAAGUUUAGUUGCAUGUGCAUGACAAUAAAUGUGUGUUAAAUUCACAUGCACCGAAUACAUGCAGUCAUGUCAAAAUGUGUAAAUAACUUAUUACCAAGUUGAUUG